AUCGCGGGAAAAGCCGAGAAUUCCCGUCGACGAUGUCAGUUAAAGCCGGUAGUUCAUCCUGCCGGCGGAAAACGUGGGUGUAGGGCCCACUGUACGUUACAAACAUUUUAAUUAUUAUAUUAAUUUCUGCUCAAAAAAUUACUCAUUUGGAAUUUUGACCGCCGAAAACUAAUAUUUUUUAAUGUAGUUGGCAUAAUUAAAAAUAAAAAAAAUUUUCAAACAAUAAAGAAAAUAAGGGAGAAGAAAAAAACAUGGUAGGCAGGCUGAGAUUGUUGGAGGAUGAGAGAGAAACUCAAGGGAGAGAGAAAAAAAAAAGAACAAUUGACAAAAAAACUGCAAAACUUGCCCUUUUAUUUCAUUCAUUUUUAUGAAAUUUAUGAUAAAUUAAUAAUUUUUUUUCACAAAUUAUUACCUGCAUUUUUCAAAUUUUGCGUUUUUGAUUAAUUUUAUAACAAAUUUAGAGUUUUUUAGAUUUACCCAAUUGAAGUUUCUUCAAAAAGUUUCAUUCUUGGUUACCCCAUUGAAAGCUUAUGCAAAAAAUUUCAAUCUUGGUUACCCCGUUGUAUCCCCUGCAAUCAGGGGUUAAAUUGGUAGAGUUGAUGAUCACAUUGUUCACCAAAAAGACUUCUAUUUCUAGCCUAUACUGCAAGAUUGAGAAGCAUGAUUUUAAUCCUUGAAUUCAAGGAAAGGCCAGUUUACCAGGUUUUUAUUGCAGCUAUGGAAGCUGUUAAGAGUUUGUAACCUUCAACUCAUUGCAGCUUUUUUGUUGGGGUUUUGGCAGUUGUUGUGAGUUUUUGUGUAAAUUUAGGUAGUUUUUCCAAUCGAUUCUUUGUUGUUGAAGAGAAACCUGGCGAUUGUGUGUAUUAUCAACUUAUAUUGGUGCUGGUUGUUGGGGGAUGUUCCUUGUCACCCCAUCGCUCAAGCGUUUUGUUGAACAACCAAUGGGGGGAAGAUGGGGAAUUUUUAAGCUUCACAUGAUUUAUUUUGUUGUUUUUGUUCUAACUUCAAGGCUUCAAGGCUCUUCGUCGCUUAAUCUUGAAGGAUCAAAUUUGUUGAAAUUUCGGACUAGAGUGUACUCAGAUCCCUAUGACUCUCUUGCAAGUUGGAAUCCUAAUGAUGAUCAUCCGUGUAAUUGGUUGGGUAUCCAAUGUGUUGACGGUAAAGUACAUAUGCUGGACCUUGGGGGACUAUCUCUAGGAGGGACACUCGCACCUGAGCUUGGAUACCUCGACAAUUUAAGAGUCCUCAUACUCCGGACGAACUACCUCUCAGGUGCCAUUCCGUUGGAGUUUGGAUAUCUUACCAAGCUUGAGGUAUUGGAUUUAAGUGGAAACAAUUUGACUGGAGCUAUUCCUGUUGAGAUUAUCAGGAUGGUUUCAUUGAAAAGAUUAGUGCUUUGUGACAAUAAUUUUGAAGGCGUAGUCCCUCCCGAGCUCAAGAAGCAUAGCUUGCUGUCUGAGCAGCUAUUUGAUGAGUGCCUUGCAUCUGUUACCAACAAAAGAUUUGGCCACCGGACUUCGAGGCGAAAAAUUACAUCGGAGUCUUGGCAGAUUCAUGGAGCUGACCACAACAGCAAUUUCGAAGUUUCUUAUGAACCAAACAUGCUUCAAAAUGCACCUGUGUUUGGUACUUCCACUCGACGUAAAUUAAGUGAACAGUCCAAUAUUGAAGCUUUACCAGCUAAUAACAUCCCUGUCUCUCAAAUUACCUCACAGCCAUUUUUAAGAAGUAGUGGAUCGUAUCCUGCUGUAGUCGUUGGCACAAGCGAGUUCAAACCGACACCUGAUGCUAACUCACAGCCGGAGACAACACCUGCUCAACCGACAAACGCCCAAUCACAUGCUGACACAAAAAAGCCCUCUCAGAAGGUGUGGGUGUUUGUUGCUAUCGGUCUUGGAGUGUUAUUCUUGUUUGUCAUGGCUGCUGCUUUGUAUUACAUGUGGAGAACUCGAGGUGCAAAACCUAUAAACCCGUUUAAGACGGGCAUCAGUGGGCAAUUGCAGAAAGCUUUUAUUACAGGAGUCCCUAAGCUGAAUAGGACUGAACUAGAAACCGCAUGCGAGGACUUCAGCAACAUUAUUGCUUCAUUUGAUGCUUUCAUAAUAUACAAGGGAACAUUGUCAAGUGGAGUUGAGAUCGCUGUUGCAUCUACCCUUGUCAAAUCUGUUGUAGAUUGGUCUGAUGCCGCUGAAUUAGCAUACCGUAAGAAGAUAGAAACAUUGUCACGAGUGAAUCACAAGAACUACGUCAAUCUACUGGGUUAUUGUGAAGAAAAUGAACCUUUCACUCGGAUGAUGGUAUUUGAAUACGCUCCAAGUGGGAGCUUCUUCGAGCAUCUCCAUGUUAGAGAACUUGAGCAUCUUGACUGGAAUGCUAGAAUGAGGAUUAUAAUGGGAGCGGCUUAUUGUCUCAAAUACAUGCACCAUGACCUGAAUCCUUCGGUGGCACAUUCAAACUUGAGGUCUGCUGCGAUAUAUUUGACUGAUGAUUAUGCAGCCAAGCUUGCGGAGAGACCAUUUGACGUUUUACCCAAAGGUGAAGAUGGCUCAGUGGUUGUUGAACCAGCAAAACCUAUUGAUACGCGGCAAAAUGUAUAUGACUUUGGAAUAUUGUUGCUUGAAGCCAUCACGGGAAGGCUUUCGCAGUCAGAAGAGCACGGCUCUUUGGUCGAUUGGGCGUCAGAAUACUUGAAAGAUAGGGAUAAUAACAGAAUCUUGAUCGAUCCCAUACUCAAAUCCGUCAAAAUGAACGAGCUCGAAGUUAUAUGUGAGAUUAUAUCGGAAUGCACUCACCCUAACCCCACACAAAGACCAGCCAUGAAGGAAAUCACGACAAGAUUAAGUGAAGCAAUUCCUAUAACGCCUGAAGUUGCAGUACCUCGGCUUUCCCCCCUAUGGUGGGCUGAACUAGAAAUCCUGUCUGUCGAGGCAACAUAAUUUAUUUUCCUCCCGUAUUCUCUCUUUGUAUGUUCGAGAAAUGUGCUUUACUUGUUGCAUUGUAAUUAUACGCAUGGGAAAUAGACAACCCUCCCAACCGAAGUACAAGAGGAUGUGUGCCACUCCUUUUCAUCUGUUAUUUCUUUUGUAUUCGUAUUAUGUAUACCCUCGCUGUUAUAGUGUUGUACC